AUGGCUUCCAACACCACCACCAAGCCGGCCGCGGCGGCUCACCCGCAGACGAGAGAAGAUGAACAUUCUGCCCUCUAUCGCCGCAUCAUGACACCCAUCAACUUUGUCACCUUUCUCGUGUCGCUGUACCUGGUGGACUACCACUACAACAGCAAGCGCGAGCACACGCACGACCACAACAAACGAGCCAGUCGGCUGCCGGGCUGGCUGCAUUCCCUCUUGUUCAAGCCUCAGCCCUAUGCCUGGGUCGGCGGGGGCGACAGUUCGGCGGCGCCCCCCAACCAGGACGACAAGAACUGGUAUUAUCACACCAAGCAGAAGAAGCUCAUGAAGAUGGAAGCGGCCGCGGCCUUUGAGAUGAGGCGAAGCGUCACCGUGGCGCUUGUGUUCAUAGCCGUUGGGGCGGCUUGGGGGUUGUCCAGGUUGUUGGCGGCGGCGGCGAGCUGGUGGUGGAGUGUAUAG